AUGGCUACGAGCCGUGAGGACGUAUUUGGGGACGAAGUGGACGACAUGAUAUCCAAUUUCUUUAGUACGGAAAGUGACCUGAGCAGUGUGCCGUCAUAUUUUGACGACCGAGCUGCCCACGAGCGAGUUGCGUCGUAUGUACCAAAGGGGCAAGAUGACCAGACCCGGGACGUUCUCAUGAGCUUUUUGGACUUUUUACCAGAUGAUGGCAAGCAAAUGCUUGCUGAGUUUGUUGUCUUCUUGGAUGAUGAACGACUGCAUUGUUUAUAUCAACAUCUGCUCACUUCGAUUCUGAUGCCAAUGAAAGCACGCUCUGCUAUGCCGCAGAUAACGCCAUCACCGUUUGAAGAUUUUCAUGAAGCGUCAGAGAUUACGGCUAGCUCCAUGGGAGAGACGCCAACGAGGACUGUACAGAAAUUGCUCAAAGAUUACAAAGUGUCUCAGAUUUGGACCACUCUCAGAAAGUGCUUUCCGCGUAUCGGCCUUGGUCCUCAGGACAUUAACGACCAGUCAAAUCUUAUGACCUUAGAAGCGGGAAUUCAUCGGGCGUUUGGCCUCUUUCGUAUCGCUUUUGAGGCAACUAGAGUGAACCUAAACGAAUACUUCAUCUUGACAUUUGAACCAGGCGUCAUACAAGCCUACUUGCCCCGGCCGGAUGUCUAUGGAAUUCGGAAAAUCACGUUCCAGCAGCACUCAGAUGCCGCCCUCCCGAGUCCUGAAGUACUUGAAGUUCAUUGUGCGCUGGCAAAGAUCCUCCAUGCUUCAGGCAUGUCAGAACGUAUCGACAAAAUUAUCCAAGAAAGAGAGGAACUCAAAUGCCUGGCGAACGACGGCAGUAGCGACGCGAAGACUUUACUCUUUGCGUUUUGA